CAGUAUUAAGCCUCAGCUUGACCGCGCUGCCAGCGAGCUCAUUACUGCUGCUGCCAAGUCACGCAACCGGAUUAUCGAGGCCUAGAACAACGUCGUCGCCGCCUACUCAGAAAAUAUCAACAGCCAUAACGCCGCUACUUGCUCUAGUGCCCAGCCAUUCAUUCCCCUUACAGCCUCCCCCGCGUGGACGCCCUUGGCCUCCUCCGCAUCAAACCGUAAUCCACAGCCGAAUACCUCAUCGAUGACCAGAAGAGAAAGGGAACCCUGGAAAACAAGGCGCACCGCUUCAGCACGACAAGCCUAAGAGCCCCUCUAUUUCUACUCUUUUCUAUCGUCAGCUGGCAGCGAUACGUUCGAGAAGCUAGCACCAAGAUGUCGUCGUCAAGUUCGACGGGUCCAAGACCUCAAGCACAUGAUGUGCUGGUCCAGUUCAACGUGAAGCACGUGGUACCAGUCGAUCGCGAUCUUGGCAUGCUCGCGGCUCAUCACCAGGCUAUCGAAGUAGCAAUUGUCGCCCUUUGCCUCCAGGUUAUUGAAUCGCUUGCUGGAUUGACCAAUAACCAGGACGCUGGUUUUGCUUUGCGCGAGGAUAAAUCUUUGCUCUGGGUAGAGUACUUCGGGGAAAAUCUGGCGCAAAGCAACGCUGAACUGAGGAGAGGAGGCUAUAAUCCGGGGCCAACGGGAGAUAUGGGGUACCUUUCGAUGACGUUGCGAGUCGGCGUGGCUAGCUGCUUGGGCCUCGCCGAUGGCAAGCGCCAUAUCCAUCCCGAGCAUCCCAAGGGCCACUACUUCACGCCAACACUUCUCGUUGAUGUUACUCCAGACAUGGAUAUUGCCAACGAGGAAUGCUUUGUGACAUGGGACGUCAACCUCGAUGCCGGUGGCUCGAGUGUCCUCGUCUUUGUGGCUCUUGAGCUUCGCCAGCCUGACGUUGUGUUUGAGCAGCUUGUCCACUGUCAGCGAUAUCUGGUGCUGCUGUUGGGCGGCCUGCCGGGCGUGGUACGCGUACGCCGUCUUCUGCUCCUGGAACAGCCGGGUGUCGGUCUCGAUGGCGUCAGAUGUGCUGAGCGCGACGCUGGGAGUGAGCUUGGAGCCAUGGGAAACCCCGGCAUUAACGACCUUGACGCCUGCUUUGAUGACGUCUUGAAGAGGGAGGCUGGCGCCGAAGUGCCGGAUUCUCUUCGAGGCGCUUUCCACAAGUUUUGCCUGCGAUUCAAUGGCAGACCGAGCUCUAUCGCUAGCACUGCUGCCGCCUCUCUUGACCACCGCGCCAACGACGGAAUUUACACCUCUUUUAUGUCGACAGACCCCUUAUCCAACACAAAGCGCAGUACCACCAUCACCAGUCGUCUCCUGCCGCCAUCUUCAGACCUCACCGACUGA